CGCUCCGUGGCUCGAUGCUCCCUCCCCGGGCGCUGGCCAGUGAGAUGCUGGUGCUGAACGUGAUUCUGAGCGGGAUCCUGGGCAGCGGCUUCGCAACUCGGGUCCUGAGCGGUCAGACGAUCUGCUACGGGGGCUCAGAGCGUCCCUGCUACAAGAUUGCCUACUUCCAGGACCUGAGCAGACGCAUCGGCUUUGAGGAGGCGAGCCAGGCGUGCGAGAUGGACCGGGGAGCCCUGCUCAGCAUCAGGUCCCCCGACGAGCAGAAACUGAUCGAGAACCUCCUGCAGGACCUGACCAAGUCGGGCUCUGGCCUCUCGGAUGGAGAUUUCUGGAUCGGCCUGAGGCGCGGCGGGGAGGGACAGACCCACAGCACCUUCAGCGGGUGUCCCGAUCUCUACGAGUGGACGGACGGCAGCCCAGCAAAGUUCAGGAACUGGUACGCCGAUGAGCCGUCGUGCGGCAGUGAGGCGUGCGUGGUGAUGUACCACCAGCUGACCGCUCAGCCCGGCCUGGGUGGACCGUACCUCUACCAGUGGAACGAUGACAGGUGUAACAUGAAGCACAACUUCAUCUGCAAGUACGCGGCAGGAAGCACAGUAACAAAUGAACUAGUGGACCACUCGGAUUUAGGUUACGUUUCAGAAAAUGUCUCCGUUGGGCCAGAAGUCAAAGUUCAUGCUCCCAGUAAUUCAGCUGAUGGCCAGCGAGUGGUUGUGACGGAGUCAUCAGGGAUAAUGCCCAAUGUGGUGUAUGUCAUCAUUCCCACAAUCCCCCUGCUGUUGUUGCUGGUCGUUGCCAUGGCAACCUGCUGCAUCCAGAUGCUGAACCGGAGGUAUAUGAGUAAAGACCGAUCGAAGACCAGCCCCAAUGAGUCGACUCUCUGGAUAUCCCCGGCCCCAAAGAAGGAGAACCAGGCUGAUGUCUAGGAUCACGCAGGCUGGACUCGGCCAUUGGAUGGAGGCGAGGAGUGACCAUCAUACCAUUCAGCCAAUCCCAAACCAUCCGACAAGCUCCCAGAGGAUGCCAAACCAAGCUUGUAACGGGGAGCAAGGAGCAAUCAACCAGCCCUCCGAAGAAAAUGGACAGAAACAUCUCCUUCCUUCCUUUUGAUGUUCUUUUUUUUUUGAAUUCAGGAAUAGAUUCAGGAAACGAUGAAAGCGAUAUGGUCACUGAGCCCGUGCCACUGGGAGUAGGCAGACAGCACCGACAACUCAUAGCUUUUGUAUACAUAUUGCGCAGGCGAAGGAGACUGGGGGCUGACCCAAGUUCAGG